UGUUAUUAGUGCAUAAAAAGCGAGGAGGGGAUGGACCACGAAGAGCAACUUUCGGGCGAGAAGAAACGUACGGGUUGUGAAACAAACAAGUCCACGAUUCGCAGUCAGAUUAAAGCGAGCCGGGGCAUCGUCUUCGUUUAAUCUGGCACGCUGUAUUUCUUUGCUACCAUAAGUGAAGUUUACGUCUGCCGAAACGUGUUGCCUCGGCUUUGCAUGACAGCUUCGCAAGAAAAACCCGGCAGGAUUUAUUUAAUGCAGCCGCUGAUGAUCUGUGGAUCUAGGUAUGUCAGCGAGCGAUCCGGGAGCGACCGUGUGGACUGCACUGUUUAGCUGAUUAAACGCAGGCGUGCAAAGCAAGCCUGGCUCUUCUGGGGAUCAGCGUUUCAAAUGCAUGUAUCGCUGUUCUUUGCGAGGUGCAUUAGCAUUUUCGGAACGCUUAGACAAUCCGAGGCACACUCUGCUGGAAGCGAUGUCAAAACCAGCUAGCAGUGCUUUGCAUUAAAAGGAAGCGCAAUGCAUUUUUAUUUAUAACGGUGUUUUUUUUCCAGUACGUAUAGAGAAGGAGAGCGGCCAAGGUGAGCAAAGCAUGUAUGCAGAACAAAACAGAUGACAAGCAAAGUCACAACUUCAGGCUCUCAGUGCACGGCACGGUUACAGAUUGAGAGCAAACUGUAAGCGGAGUUCCUCUGAAACCCAAUGCCUCGCAAUGGCAGUGCAAUAGGAGGGUGAUCACUUAAGGCAAUUAAAAAGGAGACUUAUGUCUUUAAGAGAGGACACUCACUGAUUCUAAGUGGAAGUGCUGUAGAUAUUAAGGAUCUGUAAGCGUAUAUUAUGGCUGAUAUGCGGUGACAUGUGAGAUGAUUUGUUUUAACGUGUCAGCUGUUUGGGAAGAGGAGAAUGCGGAUGUUCGUAGUUGAUUCCCAAGAUUUGACUGAUACGAGCGGUGGCAUCUCAAUCUGGGAGACUGAGAACACGACAGUUUGUGGGAUCAAUCAACUCAUUAUUAUAAUUUUCCGUCUUUGUCUGCACGUAGAAAAACAAUAGAAUUGCACAGUGCACAGAUUCUCAUUGUGUGGAUUUUGUGAAAAAGCGACCAAAAGGGAAUUUGCUUUAGUGUUUCUUCUCGAGGACCGGGCUGAGACCCCAAGACAUGCGCGACGCACGUGCCUCGGGGUCGGGUGCGUGCGAGCCGUAAGCCGUCGCGGCGUUGUGACUGCGCCCCAAAGAAGGUCCCCCUUCGGAGCAAAGCCGCUGUCAAGUGCAAGUUUUCCGCUCGCCACGAUGAUGAGCAACGGCCCCACUAUCGUGUACGAGUGGCUCAAAACGCUGCGUCUGUGUCAGUACGUGGAGUCCUUCGUGGACAAUGGGUAUGACGACCUGGAGGUCUGCAAGCAAAUUGGGGACCCCGAUCUGGACGCCAUUGGGGUCUUCAUUCCACACCACCGGCAGAGGAUUCAUGAUGCGGUGCAGAGGCUGAAGGAAGAGGACAAAGAGGCAGCCUCUGGGCUGUACUUCACCCUGGAGCCCAUGCCCCUGAACUCAGACAUCUACACCAGCCACAUGGUGGAACAGUACGAGAGCAAACUCCGGGGCUCAAAGUCGUGGACUGAACCUAAAAGCGAGCGAGUGCCCAGGAGCCAGGGCUGUCCGGGCACCCACAGGAAUCUGACUCUCGGCCAUCACAAGGAGCUGGUGGUUUAUCCAAAGCUCAAGCUGAAGAUAAUGAUUCGGGAUAAGCUCAUCAGGGAUGGAAUUAACCUCAGCAAGCCACCAUACUCAAACAAGGACGGCUCCCUGGGGAACAUCGACGACCUGGCGCAGGAGUACUCCGAGUACUACAACACCUACUUCAGCGACGUCUCUGAGAGGAUGGAGGAGCUGCGGAAGCGGGACGUGUCCCAGGACGCGGAGACGGAGAAGGCAGAAGCCAGUCCCCCCUCACAGCUCCAACUGCGGGCAGAGGUCCAGGAGUCACUGGGCUUCAGCAGCACGGUGUCCACUCCCGAGAGUGAGAGGAAGGUGCCUUUGUACAAGUCGAGCUCUGAAGAGGGCUGCGGAGGGAGGUGGGACAGCAAGAAGAAGAGCAAGUCUUUCUGGCAGAAUUUUCGCAAGUCUCAGAAAGGCGUGAUGCGUCAGACGUCGAAAGGAGAAGACAUCGGUUAUGUUGCCAGUGAGAUCACCAUGAGUGCUGAAGAGCGCAUCCAGCUGAUGAUGAUGGUGAAAGACAAGAUGAUCACUGUUGAAGAAGCCCUUGCCCGGUUGAAGGAGUAUGAGAUGCACAACAGGCAGUCGGGCAGUACUGACAAUGCCGAGGGGACUGAUGGCUCCGGUCUCACUGUAAUCGAGUCCUCAAACUGUAAUUCUCGGGAACCGUCCGACGACGAGCUGGAGGACUCUGUGAAGUUCAGGAGGCUGCACAAGCUGGUCAACUCCACCCGCAGGGUGCGGAAGAAGCUCAUCAAGGUGGAGGACGGCAGGAAGCCUGAGGAUCCGUUUGGGUUCGAGGCGUCCCCGACGUGCGAGGACAAGUCCGCACUCUACGCCGGCGUGCAGAAGAAGCCCCCCCUUGCCCCGGAUGAGUCGCGGUCCUCCCUGCUGCAGGAACAGAUGUCUCUGGACGGGGACGCGGACAGCCUGACCACGUCGCCGUCCUCCAGCAGCCUGGACACCUGGGGCAGCCACAAGCUGGUGAAAGCCUUCAGCAGAUCCGGCGGCGGAGGUCACGGCCUGAUCCGGCCGGCCAGGAAGCCAGGCAGCGGCUCCUCGUUCUCGGAGGCCGACGGCAAUGGCGAGGAGGACCCGAGGGUGAAUCGCUCCAUGCCGGAUGGGGAAAUGCGGAAGGCCCUCCCGGCACUCAGCCACGGGAGAACAUGCAGUUUCGGUGGAUUUGACCUGUCCAAUCGUGCGCUCCACGUGGUCGGCACAGCCACGGACCCUGAUAGCAAGGAGCAGGAGCCCAUGUACAAGGACGUGGUGAAGUCCCCCACCACGUCACGCAUCUCCAAGAAGGUGAAGUCCGUCAAGGAGACCGUGAGGAAGCGGAUUUCGAAGAAGUACAGUGCCUCCGCGUCUGAGCAGUCGAGCCCAGACGGCACCCCCAGCUCCCCACAGUCUCCCCAGCCGGACACGGACUCCUUGGAAAAGCCCCCCAAGCUAAAGGCGGGGGGGUCUGUGGAAAGCCUGCGUAGCUCUCUGAGUGGUCAGAGCUCUAUGAGUGGUCAGACUGUGAGCACCACAGACUCGUCAGCCAGUAAUCGGGAGAGCGUGAAGUCGGAGGACGGCGAUGAAGAAGAGCCCCCCUACGGUGGCCCCUUCUGUGGCCGUGCCCGGGUCCACACCGACUUCACGCCCAGCCCCUAUGACACCGACUCCCUCAAGCUGAAGAGGGGUGACGUCAUUGACAUCAUCAGUAAGCCUCCAAUGGGGACCUGGAUGGGCCUACUCAACAACAAGGUGGGCACCUUCAAGUUCAUCUACGUGGACGUGCUGAGUGAGGAGGCGGAGAAGCCAAAGCGGCCAAUGAGGCGGAGGAAGAAGGGCCGGCUGCCCAAGCCCAGCUCCGUGGAAGAGCUGCUGGAACGCAUCAACCUGAAGGAGCACAUGCCCACCUUCCUCUUCAACGGCUACGAGGACCUGGACACCUUCCGGCUGCUGGAGGAGGAGGAUCUGGAUGAGCUGAACAUCCGAGAUCCUCAGCACCGGGCCAUGCUUCUGACUGCGGUGGAGCUGCUGCAGGAGUGCGACAGCAGCAGCGAUCCCGAGCGCAACGCCCUGGCCGGCUCGCAGGAGAAGCUUCUGUCGGACGAGCCGGCGCCGGCCCAUGACUCGCCGCGGGACUCGGGCUGCUACGAGAGCAGCGAGCACCUGGAGCACGGGAAGGGCCCCAGGACAGCCAGCUCCUUCAGCUCCUCGGCGGACUCUGAGUCUGGCCCACUUCGGCAGCCAGACUAUCCGACUCUGCCCAUGACCCGGUCCACGGAGGUUCUGCAGCAGGGCAGGAAGGAGCAUCGAUCUAGCAGGCCAUUCUCUCUUCAGGGGCUGCCCCCCCCGAGAAGGCAGCAGGGCAGCACCCCCAUGCCCCCUAGCCGCAGCUGCGAGGUGCUGGGCGACACGGCCCUGGUAUUGGUGCGUCCUCCGUGGAAGCGCUGCCACUCGCUGGGCAACAUCCAGUGGGAGCAGGCCUUUGACAGGAAAAAGCCGCCUGCCCCUGUCUCACGGCCACUGUCAUCCUCAUCGUCACCUCCACAAGAUCCACCAGGGGGCGGGGCAGCCGGCUCUCCAGAAAUUCCCGUGGACCAGCCCAGCCCGGCACUGCCGUUGGCCACUCCUUUACGCUUUGGAGACCCUGAAUCUUCAGAGACCAAUCCCACGGCAAGCGAGAGCGUGACGCAAACAGUCCCGAAAAAGCCUCCCAUCCCGCCUCCCGUCCCCAUGAAAAAGCGGAAGGAGCGUCUGCUGAACGGCCUGUGCCACCCCGCUCAGCUGCCCCUGCCCUCCCCCGCACUCCCUGUGCUUCCCGCUCGGUCUCCCAUCUCUGCCGACCCCUCCCUGCCCCCUACGCCCGGCACCCCACCUGCGCUGCCCCCAGCUUGGCUCUCAGACCUCCCUGAAUCAGCAUGCCCCCAGAUGCACGGGGCCAAGAUGGUGGUUUGGAAGAAGGUGUCCCACGGCAAGACGGCCGACCUGGAGUCACUGCUGCAGGACCGGCUAAUGGCCGAGGGCAUCGACCUCACGGAGGAGCCCUACUCAGACAAGCACGGCCGCUGUGGAGUCCCCCUGUGUCUGAUCCAGAGAUACACUGAGGACCUGGGCCAGGCCGCCAAGGAGGUGGCAUCCACCAUGGAUUCGCUGCGGGUCAAGCAACUGCGCAGGCUGCAUCGCAUGGCCAUCCCGUCCGAUGGCUUGGCGGAUGUGAGCAGGAAGCCGUUGCUUCCAGGCGGUGUGAGCACCACGUCCGACUGGCUCGUGUCUGUGGGGCUGCCCAUGUACAUCGGCGGCUUCAAGGCGGUGGGCCUGGACUCGCUGGAGCACGUCACCAGCCUGACGGAGCAGGUUCUGCUGCGGGCGGGGGUCCAGGAGGAACGGCAUGUCCAGCGGCUGCUGGAGGAGGCCCGCAGGGUGCAGAUGCUGUAGCGCAGGCGGACUGACACGUGCUUGCGACACAGAUGCAUGCACACAGACGCGUGCCUGCCAUGCUGACCUGGCCCCUCACCAUGUGUGGUGUGUGCAGGUUGCAGUCUGCCCCGCCUCAGAACAAACUCCAUGGUUACGGCAUAGAUGCGGUUCAGGCGAUUGGCAUCACCUGUGUGAAAGACUGCACAGCUGAGUUGCACCGGACAGAGACAAUGCAGCUCGCUGCAAGCGCAGCCACUGCCAAGUUUAAUAUUUUUUUUGAGUGAUUCUUCUUGAUGUUUUCUGACUGUUAGGGGGGCCUUCUAAAUGCUCCCCCCCCCCCCACUGAAAGUCAUCAACCUUGAAACGGGUGACUGAGGAGCUGCCUUUUUUGGAGAGAUAGCACAAGGUUUUGUUUGACAUUAUAGAUUUAUAUUGAAAUAUAUCAGACUGUUAGCUCAUUCUUUUAAUCAAGCACUCCAUUUGUCUCUUCCUGCUUGCCGUAGACAGCAGUGUGGCCAAAGCAUUUUUGAAUCAUUUUUCUUCAAAGCUCUUAAGCUGAUUGUGAUUCCAAGUCAUGACAGUGACCCCAUGUUAAAGGAUGAACUGUCUGUGGUCACGCCCACGAAACAAAAAAAAUGACAGGAACCUUCCCUGUGCUGUACAAAGACUGGUGUUAUGAUUCGUGCUGACAGACGGGGUUUGUGUUACAAGCAGGGGUCACACUCGGUGUUUCUGUGUUUAGCGUCUCUAAACACAGAUCUUAAUCAGUACUAACUCGUAUUGUUUUUAUUUCGUGAAGCAGCUUGCUUUCCUUUUGCGAAGAGUAUACGCCGCUUGUUUUACGUUGCCUUAGAAGUAAGCUUAAAAGCUUAGUGGUGAUUGCUGACUGCUGUGGGGUACAGUGACUGCGGUCCCGUGCGGUUUGGCGCGUGUAGACGCUUCUCUGCUCUCCCAGCCUGUGACACCCUCUCACUUAGGCUCCCAGUGGCUCUUGCUUGCUGUUCGGUUUUCUGUGAAGUUUCUCUCAGCUUUUAAAUGUGGGUCGAUGGCCAUCCUGUUUCAGACGUGACAUCAUUCGGCUGCAGACACACACGGGCGUUACCUCGUGGGGGCCACUCUCAUCCUACACACACAGUUAUAUCUGAAGAUUGUACAAGAAAUGCUGGUUUAUAUAUAUAUAUAUAUAUAUAUGUGUGUGUGUGUGUGUGUGUGUGUGUCUGCGCGCGCUUUCGAUCCUGCUCCUAAUCAUGUUUACAGGUGUGUGCAAACUUGAAAUAUGCAGUGAGAAAAAAAAUAUCUGCGGUUUGAUUGAGCGAUCAUCUUAUCUUUUGGUGCUCGUGACGGUUUAGCCGAAGGGAAUGUGACCGACAUGUCUGAUCAUGUAUAUCAGGGAUGGCAGCUGGGAAUCCAGGAGAAACGAAUAUGGUGUUUACGGGCCGGGGUCUCCAUGGAGACCCCAGUCACUUCAAGCACACUGGCUAGUGAGGGGCGCUGAUAUCCUGUAGCCUGCCACAUGCCGGAAGAAUCUGUAAUCAGGGAUUGUCACUUUUCGUUAUCCAUGGUUUAGGCCUGGCUUACUGCCACUCCUGUCUGUCCUCUAGGUGAAAUGUUAACGUCGUGUUUGCGGUCAGGCUGACAGCAUAAAUGAACGUUUCUAAUAAGGUUGACCAAGGUAACACGUUUAAGCACAUGGUGACGAACGUGCCUCAACGCAGGAGUUCAUGUUAAGGCUGGUUUAGAGAGCACUUAGGAUGGGAUGUACUGAAGACUGGAUGCACAGCAGUAUUCCGGCAUGGGAAUGUUUCUGCUGGUUCCGGAGUCCCUCUCUAGAUUCCGCAUGCAGGUGUGAAUCCGCACGGCACAGUAACACCCAGCAGGUGCAGAUCAGUGAAGAUGCCGCCGUCAUGGCCUACUGGCAGACACACCACGUUUCACCAGCAGAGGGCAGUCUAAUGGGGCAAGCUGCCAGGAGCCGGGAUCCCCCUCCCCAGCUCAAACCCACCGACUCCCCUGUCAGGUGACCCUCCACCAGAAGUGUCCAGGUUCCCCCUUGGUAAUAUACCGACAGACCGUGACGUAACAAAAUGUAAUAAUGCAGAGGUCCGACCAAUCAGCUGUGGCUUCAGGACACAGACUGUCCUUUUAUCUGUAAACAUUCCACACGGGCUGCAGGUGGUGCUUUGCUCUGAUUGGGCAGCGAGGCCCGUCACAAACUCACAGAUCAGCAUCUUCUUCAGAUUCACCCACCACAACAGGGAAGCCCUGCAGUACAAAACAUCAUUAAUGUUACCCCUUAAAGCACUUUAAAGAGGUUCAAAAUAAACAGUUUCCCCAAGCUGAGAAUUUUUUAAAAAGCAUUUUACAUUUAUACUGAGGGUGUGAAUUAGUUUAUGCUGGUUUAAGCAGUUUUUUUUUAUUAUCAUCACAAAUUGACAUCAUGAUUUAAGCAAAUUAUAAAAUUUCCCAUAUUAAGCUUCCCGUAUACAACUGUAAAGCAAUGAUUGACUAAUUGAUCUGAGUUCCACUUAAUUACUUCCAAUUUUUGUCUUGUCAGAAACAUAAUUACAUAUAUGAAAUUAACAAAUGUUGCACAAUCUGUGUAUGUAAUUCAUAUUUAAAUAACUUAUUUUCUUUUUGCUUUUCAUAUCAAAUGUAAUUAUUAGCUGUAUUAUACACAUAGCAAUACCCUCUUACAAAUUGCUUUAGCCAGAAAACCUACAGUAUGUAAUGUAAAAUAUGUGUACAAAUUAUUUUAUGCUGUUUCAGCUAGCUAAUAAUCGCCUAUACAGAUAUGCUUGUAUUGAAACAUAAAAGGUCUAAAACUAUUUGUUUCUUCUGAAAUGUAAUAAAAAUCUUUCUUGGCAUUAAAA